GGGCGCACGCCAUUAUACGAAGCCGUCAUGUGGCAGCAUCUGGAACAAGCCACGCAGCUCCUCGACUACGGCUCCGAUCUAGAGAUAGCAGACAACAACGGAUGGACGCCACUCUAUAGCGCAGUGCUUCAGGGCCACGCACCCUUGACGAGGUUGUUGUGCAAGAGGGGCGCGUUCGUCGACAAGAAGGACAAGACAAGCCAGACACCAUUACAUUACGCCGUAUCGCAAGGGCGGCAGGAGAUCGUGGAGAUGCUUGUAGAUGCAGGCGCAGAC